GUAUUUCAAAAAUUUCCUGCCCGUUUCCAAAAUACUUGUUUGAGGCUGUGGGCGGGCCCAGACAGGCGAAUCGAAACCCGGAAAUUCGACGGCAAAAAGCUCGAAGCUAUCACCCACCAUUCUCGCGGUUGCGGCGAUGGCGGCAGCAUUGGCGGCGGUGAGGCCAUCCUCGCUACUUUUCCUCAGCAGGCAAUCCACCACGACCAGGCGGCGGGUGUUCUCUCCUCUGGCUUCUCUGUCCUCGUCUCCUCCACCGCCAAACACGAGAACCCUAGUCCUUUAUUCAAAGCCUGGUUGCUGUUUGUGCGAUGGCCUCAAAGAGAAGCUCCAAGCUGCUUUCUCCCUCUCCAACCCUCCAACCCUUCACGACAUCGACCUCCAGGUGAGGGAUAUCACCACCAAUCCUGAUUGGGAGAAAGCUUACCAGUACGAGAUCCCCGUGCUCGCCAAACUCCAUUCCGAUGGCACUCAAGAAAUUCUGCCGAGAUUAUCUCCUCGACUUGGCGUGGAGCUUGUACAGAAAAAGAUAGCAGCUGCCUUCACUGAAUAAAGGAAACCCCCCCACCAAUUUGGCCAAAGGUUGUAUUGCGUGUUUUGGAUGAACAAACUUGGCUGACAAUUGACAUGGUAUGUAAAAUCUUUUUCAUAUGGAAAGAUGUCUUGUGAGUGCUUUACUGAUGAGAUGAUUGAUUUGCCUCCAGCAUUCCCACGUUGCUGAGGCCCUGUGCUUAUCCUAGGGGAUAUCUAAAUUGGGAAUUGUCUUAGAAGUUCCGUAUGAAAAAUGAACUUGUUGAUGUUGCACAGACAACCUUUUGCUUAACUUAGUGGUAUACCUGGAUCCUCAUAUGGUUAAUAUCAAUGUCGAAUCCUAGCAUCUUGAGGGUA